CAUAGUCGUUGUGUUCUUUCUUGUUGGUCAGUGGUUUGUUGACUGAUAAUGUUUUGAGUUGGUUUGUGUUAUGUUAUGUCCUCUUGUGAAUGUUUUAGGGUGAAGUAGUGUAGUGUUAAUAGAAAAAGAAACCUUUGAUUAAUCUGUUACGGUAGGAACUUACGGAAAUAAAAUGGAGAAGCCACAAAAAAUGCCCAAAGUUGCUAAGGUUAAAAACAAAGCACCGGCAGAAAUUCAAAUCACUGCUGAACAGUUGCUUCGAGAGGCGAAAGAAAGAGAUUUAGAAAUUGUACCCCCUCCACCAAAGCAAAAAAUCUCAGAUCCAGAAGAGCUAGCUGAUUAUCAACAUAGAAAACGAAGAGCAUUUGAAGAUAAUAUCAGGAAGAAUAGGUCUGUUAUCAGUAACUGGAUAAAGUACGCACAAUGGGAGGAAAGUCAGAAAGAAAUACCGAGGUCUCGAUCUAUUUACGAGCGAGCGUUGGACGUGGACCAUCGCAACAUCACCUUGUGGUUGAAGUACACAGAGUUGGAAAUGAGAAACCGACAAGUGAACCAUGCUCGCAACCUGUGGGACCGUGCAGUCACCAUCCUGCCUCGAGCCAACCAAUUCUGGUACAAGUACACGUACAUGGAGGAGAUGCUGGGGAAUAUUGCAGGUUUAGUUGUGUGUUUUGAGCGAUGGAUGGAGUGGGAACCUGAUGAGCAAGCUUGGUUAACGUACAUAAAAUUUGAGCUUAGAUACAAGGAAAUCGAUCGAGCAAGACGUAUCUACGACAGAUUUGUUAUGGUGCAUCCUGAUGUGAACAAUUGGUUGAAGUAUGCCAGGUUUGAAGAACAGCAUGGUUUUAUAUCCAGCGCUAGAAAAGUUUAUGAGAGAGCAGUGGAAUUUUUUGGAGAAGAAACAUUAGAUGAACGACUAUUUAUUGGAUUUGCUAAGUUUGAAGAAGGACAAAGAGAGCAUGACAGAGCACGAGUGAUAUAUAAAUAUGCAUUAGACCACAUACCCAAAGAUAAAACAGCUGAGCUUUACAAAGCAUACACCAUUCAUGAGAAGAAAUAUGGAGAUCGAACAGGCAUUGAAGAUGUGAUAGUCAGCAAAAGGAAAUUCCAAUAUGAAGAGGAAGUGAAAGCUAAUCCGAAACAACUAUUGAUGCUUGGUUUUGACUUCUUGAGACUUGUUGAAGAUGAGGGUAACUUGGAUGUGAUAAGGGAAACCUACGAGAGA